UACAUCGCCGUAUCCAGUUCAGUCGAAGGAAGCAUAGCCAGUAGCCAGCCAGGGGACCAUAUGGCGGGCGGCAUGUGAAGCAGCUGGUGUGCAACAGGUGGAAUAUGGUGGUGUAACGUGUGCCACGCUGUCAUUGCGUGGCCUCUCCGGUGGUUGCCCCAGUCAACCUGACACGACCUCCGUCCUAUCGUCACCCCAUAAUUCUCCCGCACACAUGUCCGUGCCAAAUAAAAGAAGUCAUCCCACGUCGAAGAAAUCGCCCAGCAGCGGCUACAGCAAGCAGAAUGCUCCUUACGAUCCCAUCAGUGAAUGUCUCGAUGCGAACGGGACGUAUGUGUGCACAGCGUACAGCCCUCAGUGCAUCAUCAUUCAGAAGGUGAGCUGCAACAACGCCGCAUUGAGUGGGGAGCCUAGUGGGGGGAAGAAGUCCGGUGGGACCGGGAAUAUCUACCAGGUGACUUCAUCAGGAGCAUCCACUGGAUCCGCGGCACCUCUCGUCCCUGUCAUCCCAAUGUCAGGGUCAGGGGGUGUUGCCCUCGCACUUCCAUUGCGAGACCCUGUCUGGGAAAUUCCUGCAGGUUCCGCCAGUCUUGUCACUACUCCUAGUUCUGCCAGCUGUAGUCCCAAUCAGAUUGAGGCUUCCAACCCUCCUCCGGGUGGGAUCAGCAGUCAAACGGAGAUGAAAAAUGCUCCUUCAAUUCCAUCUGCUGAACUUACAGCAUUGGAUGUAGAGAACACCCCAGCAGAUGGAGUGAAAAACUGUGAUAAAAUGAUGUCUUCUAAUGAGACAUGUACAUCAGAGAUGCGUAUGGCUGCUACACCUAAGUCUCAGAAUUCUAAUGAGAGCCAUGUUGAUUUGGGAGAGGACUGCUCUGGUAAGAGUUCAUCGGCCCAGGUCAACUCAGCUCCCAGUGCAGCCAAUGGUGAUAUCCCCAUUGAUCAGUUGAAGGCCAUGCUCACUUCUCAGUUGGAGUAUUACUUCUCCAGGGAGAACUUGGCAAAUGACACCUACCUGCUGUCUCAGAUGGACAGUGACCAAUAUGUGCCCAUAUGGACAGUUGCAAACUUCAAUCAGAUUAAAAAAUUGACCACUGACAUCAAUCUCAUCACCCAGGUUCUCAAAGACUCCCCAAACCUUCAAGUAGAUGAAGAGAAUCACCGAGUUCGUCCGAACCACAAGAGGUGUAUUGUGAUAUUACGGGAGAUUCCCAAAGCCACCCCAGUUGAGGAGAUUGAAGGAUUGUUUGAUAGUGAACACUGCCCUAAGCUAGUGUCCUGUGAAUUUGCCCACAAUGACUCUUGGUACAUCACAUUUGACAGUGAUGAGGAUGCCCAGCAGGCUUAUCGCUACCUCAGGGAAGAGGUCCAGAAUUUCAAGGGGAAACCCAUCAAGGCUAGGAUCAAAGCCAAGCCGAUCUCAAGACCAUCUUUGUUUCCUCUGGCUUCAUCAGGAGGAAAGAACAAUUCAAGAGGAACAAAUGUGACUAGUAAUGUGACUGUGAUGCCAGGACAAACCAUGACAGUGUUGCAAAGCGGAACAGUUCCAGUAACUGUCUCCCAACAGCCAUCACCUGCUGUGAGUAGUGCAAGUGAACGAAUGCAUUCAAUCUACACUCAGUCUGGCUCAGCUCCUCGCUUCCAGGCACCUAUCUCAGUCACCAGUAGUGUUCAUAAUAGCAUCAGCAGUUAUGAUGAGCAUCAGUUCCUGGCAUUUGCAACAUACCUUCCAGGGACAUACAGAGUCCUUCAGCCAUGGCCAGCUGAGACUGCUCCAGCUACCUUCUUGGAUAUUGGAAGUGUUUUUGCCAUGAAUGGCCUUACACCUCAGGCCACUUUCAAACAUAGCUCAUCAAGCAACCGUUACUCAAAUCGGAGGCCACAGAGGCAUAACUCCCACACAAGUGGUAGUACAAGUCACAACACAGAUCAUCAGAGUGCUCAUGCAACAAACUUGAGACGUGGAGAGUCUGGAACCAACAAUACCAAUUCCAGUCAAGUCCACAAUUCCUCGGGGACCAAUCCCGUGACUUCUACAUCAUCACCUACUUGGGGAUCAAAUGCAUUGCAUCCAGAGCCAUUGAUAACUAGCAAUGCUGUGCCUCUUAUUGCAUCAACAACAUCUGAGAAGUCCAGUGAUAUUCAUGUGGACCUUACCUCUGUGACUAGUCAGAAUUUCUGUGUUGCCAGUGGAUCAGUAGUCUCUAGUACUGGUGAGAAGUCUGAUUUGGCCUGCAAGCGGUUGCCUUCAGCAGAUCCAUCCCAUACAGAAGCCCUUCCCCAAAGG